AUGGGUAGUGGUAUUGGUAAAGAUUUAGCUAUCAAGUUGGCUGCAAUGGGGAACACGAUAAUCUGUAUUGAUAUCAACGAUGAGGCGAAUAAACAGACAGUGCGCGAAAUAGUGCAGUCUGGGGGCCGUGCGCAUGGGUACUGCUGUAACGUGGCUAACCAUGAAAAUGUCGUCAAACUUCAUGAGCAGACUUUAGCGGAUGUAGGAAAAGUGUCGUACGUGUUCAACGUUGCUGGCGUGGUUUCUGGUAAACUCUUCCGAGACCUCACACCUGCUGACAUCAAACUGACGAUGGAUGUGAACGUGUUGGCUGUUUUCUGGGUGACCCAGACUUUCCUAGAAGACAUGAGAGAGCUUGGGUACGGACACGUGACCACGAUUAGCUCUGUAGCAGGACUGUUCGGCUCGAUAAAGCUGGUGGAUUACAGUUGCAGCAAGUUCGCUGUAAUGGGCCUUGUCGAGGCUCUUAGAUUUGAGAUUAUGGCAGAGAAUUUGCCGAUAGAGUUCACGAUGGUAAAUCCUUACUUUAUAAAGACUGGAAUGUUCGAGGGAGUGGUGAGCAAAUGGCCUUAUUUCAUGCCCAUGUUAGAAACUGGAUGGGUAGGAGACAAGCUAACUACCGAAGGUGAAGCUAAACACCGAGGUGUUGCUGAACAACGAGGUGUAGCCAAACUGGGUGUAGCCAACACGAGGUGA